GAUGGGGACGUCAAACCCAACCCCAACCCCCCUCCCCCCACCACGGAGGUCGCAGAAGGUGUGGCAGCCCAACUGCGGCACAGCCAUCACCAGAGUAUACAUUUAUAAACAUUUAUCCCCUUCUAUUUUCACUCAACUCUCUCACCUAGUCGUUGAUCUUUCCUACGUCAUCGUCCCGCGCACAUUGGCUUCGGUUUUGUCGCCGGCGCUAUCUUCCGGUUCUGCUGCAACUGCUGUUACUGCUGCUGCUUCGCUCGGGGGUGUGACGGAAGCCGCGCCGCAGCGCAACGACGUAGUUUGCAAUUCUUUUCCAUUUCCUGUGUGCUGGUGUGUCUGUCAGCGUUGGCGCCAUAGAGCGAGCCGCACCGACGCGCAGAUUAUACAGCACAUCUCUCCGGGCAACAGACAAGAGGAGAUCGCGUCUUUGCCAGAUCAUGAGCUCUCGCAGCGCGAUAGGCGAGUCAGAGGGGACUGACGGCGCCGCAUCGAUUCCCUCCGUGCCCCUCCGUACGUACUUCGCCUGCCGUCGCUGCCGCAUGAAACUCUUCGAUGCGCAGGACGUCGUGCCACACGAUCCCGGUGAAGGUGCAAAAAAGAAUUUUAAAUACCGCCGCGGCAUCACGCAACUCGACCACAAAGCGGCGGACGGCGCGACCGUGACACCGUCGUCGCUGUCGUCGUCGUCUGCGGAGGCGUGCACCAGUUACUUUCUCGAUCCCGAUCAAAGUCCGUGGGUGGCGCUCGAAAUUCGUGCGGCGAACGCGACGGGUGCUGUGGUGGAGCCGGACACCAUCUACUGCCCCAACGUGCGCUGUCGCGCGAAGCUGGGCACGCAGUCGUGGACCGGGUCGCGAUGCUCGUGUGGGGCGUGGGUGGCGCCUGCCUUCCGCAUUCACGCGCGUGUCGUGGACAGGGUGGAGGGCGUCGACGCGCCGCCGUGCGUGAAGGAUGACGCCGCCAGAUAG